AGGAAGGAAGGAAGUUAUGGUUUCCGUUCCUUGCGGUUUUUUCCGUGAUUGGUGUGGUAGUAAACAUUAGUAAACGUCAAGGUGAUGUUAGUGGAUUUGUAACGAAGGCCGAAGUUAAUGACCGAAUUUUGAAAUGCCUUUAGUCUGUGUUCUUUUGCACGUCAGUGAGGAAACAAACAUGGAAAUGUGUCGAGGAAGAAGCAAAGUAUAAGAACUAGCGCCGUAGGAACUGUUGGUAAUAAAUAUGCCGAAUGAUGAUAAACUGAAAGCCCUAUUGUCAGACUUGGGUCGGGCCACACUGCGGGGUGUAAGAAAGUGUCCUAAAUGUGGCACAUACAAUGGAACUCGGGGGCUUAUUUGUAAGAACAGAGCUUGUGAUGUUGUGUUUAAAGAAGGGGGAGAGAAGAGGAAAAUGUCAACGGAGGCCUGCAAGCUUAUAACAGGCACGACAACGCAGGUCUUCUCAGUACGAGUAAGGGACAAGGGGCCAGAUUACCGAGGCUUUGUCCAGCUGCCAGUAAUUCAGGCUUCGGAUUCAACAGAUUCACUUGAUUCUGAAGCAGCUCUCAUCUCCCAGACAUCCGCACUGUGUUUUGUAGACACUUGUCAGAGGUCAUUUGAUGCGAGCAUCCUGAAGUGUCAUGAAAAGACAGCUCCAUUCACUCCAACAACAUGUCAGCACAUACAGGCAGCGCUCAGGUGUUAUGCUGAAGCACAGCCCCUCACACUCAAGAAUUCUGUCUUAUCAACCCUGAAUGUCAGCAAUGAAAUAAAACAGGCAAUAUGGCUACUAGCAACGGAAACAACAGGCCCAUUAGUGCAGAGGGUCUCAAAGAACAUCAUGGCUGUCAAGUGUAAGGCCAGUCCUAAACAUCCACUUGGUUACCUGCAUUUUAGCUUCUUCAUGUCCAAAGUAAAGGAUCGAGUUGAGAACAAAUAUUUCUGUAGCUGUACUGCAUUUAAGGGUCAAGUGAAGCAGGCCACAAAUAAGGAAGAUCCUACCUUCAAAUGCUGUGUUCAUUUCUAUGCCUGCAUCUGUGCAUUUGCUAGUGACCCAAAAUUAAGUGAAGAGUUCUCAUAUUACAUCAGCCUUGACAAGGCACCUACCCCCACACACACAGAACAGAAGCAACAUUUAGUAGCCAUUUUGAGUGAUGAAGAUGGGACUGGUACUUGUGAGGUUGAAGUCGAAGUUCUGCGAGAGGAGGCAGCGUUGCUAGAGGCCACAGGCAUCACUGUUGCUGAUGAUGUUACAGUAGCACAGGUAAUGGUUCAUGGUCUUGAAGUACUGUCAACAGAACAGGUGGAAGUUCAGAUUCAAACAAUGGAUCCAGACACGCUGCAUUUCAGUCAAAGUAUCUUAUCAGAUGCGCCUCAAGAUCUGCACCCCUCACAAACAACGCAGCAGCUAGAGAUGCUGAGUGUAAAACGCAAGCGGCAGGAUCAUAGCACAGUGGCUCCAUUGCAAGAGGUGAGUGGCAAGAAGCCAAACUCUACCAGGAGAAAUAAUCCUGCUAUUGGAGUUAGGAAACAAGAGCCAAUAGAUGAAAAUGCAGCAAGCAUUACAUUUGUCCAGUGGUUGGCAUCUGUGACAGAGAGGAUAAAUCAGGCGAUGCACUUCCAGUUCAGUGGGAAGCCAGACCCUCUGGUUUUCCAUGUUCCACAGUUUUUCUUUGACUGCUUGAGAGAACGCAUUUCAUGUGGAGGGAAAAAGAAACGGUUACCAAACUUCACCACUGGCUUUGUGCGGCGUGAUGCUGUUCCACUUGGGACAUUCACUAAGUACACAUGGCACAUCACAAACAUCAUUCAUGUGAAGCAGAUAUUUGAGACACCAUUGAUGCCACUGGAGAUCACCCGCAGCUUUGUAGAGAAUCGUGAUGGUACCUAUGAACCUUUUAAUCGACGUAAAGAUGAGAAUGAGGCUUUCCGAAAAACUGAUAGUCAGCCUCUGAUUAAACCUCUGGAGUUGAAAACAUUUCUUAAAGUUGGCAAUAUGUCACCUGAUCAGCAGGAGCCGACACCAUUCCUCAUAGAAUGGAUACCUGACAUCCUUCCAAUUAGCAAGAUAGGGGAACUUCGAAUUAAGUUCGAGUUUGGGCAUCAGCGCAAUGGUCAGCCUGAAAAGAGAACACAGCGACCAUUAGCACGGGCUGUUCCUGAUAUAUCUAUCACACGCAUCACAAAUCAACAUCUACUGCAACUGUAAUGUCUAGGAGAGGGGUGUUUUCCUGUAGCAUUAAGGGGGCACUACGCCUCACGGUUUGUGCCUCUAUCUAAAAUGUAAACCCUACCAUAAGUAUUUUAUAAUUGGGAAGAAUGGUGCCCUCGACAGAUGACGGGUUAGUCUUCCAGAUUCUUGAUGGUAUUUCAUUAGUUAUGGGCCUGCAUAUAUGACAAAUUCAUGGAGAAAGAUGGAGCUGAGAUUUGUAGAUAGAAUGGAGUUGUGAUAUACAUGCAAGAUGAAUGGAGACCUGUAACAUGUGCUAGGUGUGUCCCAUGAGAAAAUCAGACCAGGUGUCUGAAAGCUGUAAUGUUGCAGAGAGAAACUGGGCUCUGAAUAUAAGUGUGUUUAAUCCCGGUUAUGUUUUCUAUAUUACAGCUACAGUCAAAUUUUGUACUGGUUUCAGUAUUCUAGACUAGAAAACUAGGCAUUACUAACUGUAAUCCAGAAUUGAAAGUAAACACAUAAAAAAAAAGGUAAAACUACCCCUAUACCAAGCCAUGGAGACCCAUAUGGUUGUGAGGUGUUAAGGCU